GUGUGCUCUUCUUUUCAACAAGAAACUUGGAACACUGGAGCCCUGAUUGUGAAGAAGCGCGCAGAAUACACACUUGCGGCGAACACAUGAAGAAACCGAAGCCAACUCUGUUGAGCCCCAAUUGGGUUCAACUUCAAGAAAAGCUGAAGCCGAAUGGCUCCAAGGCUUCAAGGACCUUCAAAAAUUCUGAUGAAGACACCCCAGAAUCAAUAUUGGGGAAACGUAAAGAGAGACCAGAUGAUGAACCCAACGAUUGUCAGAUUAAUCCUCUUGCUCCUAUAAAUGACGAUUCAAGUUUGACAGAUGCAGUGGCCAUGGAUUGUGAAAUGGUAGGCGUAGGUCAAGGGAACAAAAGUGCUCUUGGAAGAGUAACACUGGUCAAUAAGUGGGGAAAUGUUAUUUAUGACGAGUUUGUCCGGCCAAUUGAGCGAGUUGUUGACUUCCGGACUAAAAUUAGCGGCAUAAGACCUCGAGAUCUUAGAAAAGCAAAGGAUUUUUGGGCUGCUCAGAAGAAAGUGGCAGAGUUGAUCAAUGGAAGGAUCCUUGUUGGUCAUGCCUUGUCCAAUGAUCUUAAGGCAUUAUUAUUAAGUCAUCCCAGAAAGGAUAUACGGGAUACCUCCGAAUACCGACCAUUUUUAAACCGGUCAAGUAGCAGGAGAGCACUGCGGCAUCUUGCUGCCGAACAUCUUGGUGUUAACAUCCAAACAGGAGAGCACUGUCCAGUAGAAGAUGCUCGUGCUGCAAUGCUGCUUUACCAAAGAAAUAGAAAAGAAUGGGAGAAGAACAUAAAAGAUCAAUUUCGGUUGAAACAGAAGCAAAGGAAAUCAAAGCAAAAAAAGAAACAGAAGAAUGAAGACGUUUCAAAUGCCAACCAUGUUGAAAUUUGAUCAGGGAACCUCUCCUACAAUGGUUAUUGCAUUGCUUAAAUUAGAAUUCGAAAUGCAAGUAAAAGAAACAGUUUUUUCUGUCAUAAGAUCAAUAUUUUUGCGGUAGCUCACACACUCUUGUUCUGGUUUGCUCUUUCUCUCCAAGUAGGAUUUUCAGUUUUAGUGAGUAAAGGAUAUUCACUUCAAAUUAAAUGAAGAGUGUAUGCAUCAUUAUUUCUUGUUUUAGAGAACAGGUUCGGGGUUAGAGAAGUUUUUAUCGUGACUCAUAAUUUAUUUUCUAUCGAGAUGCUUCUAUCCAAUCGAUUAA